AUGGAAAGAAAGAUACCACUACUUCGCCUCUUUAUUGGACCGUCGGCGUGAACACAGUGGUCGGAGUGCCUGGUGGUUUCGGGAUCCCAUAGAAAUGCUUCUUUUAUGCCUCGGGUAUCAGCCAAAGUUCGUAUUCAUUUAGUAAUUUUACCCCUUCUUUAUUCUUGGACCUUGCUUCUUAAUAUUCUUACUCUUUCAUGCUGUGUCUCAGGAACCUCUUCAAUACGGUUCGGAUUGCUUGCUCCCAUUCAUAAUUCUGCUAUAGAUGAUACACGAGGAAUCUUUUUAUGGCGGUUCUUCCUUCUAAUUAUAGGCAUAUCUCUGAUUCUUUUCUCCCCAAUGAAGCAGCAGGCAUCGGUCUGUAGAACCUAUAAAAGAGAGAUGGUUGUGGCACGAAGUACUCUUGUGCACCUACAUAACUCGGCUCGCGUGCAACCCCGCCUUGUUAUGUUAUGAAAGAAUUGA